GGGAAGACCAACCGACGACGAGAGCGCGGUUGGUAAAAACGGCAAAAGGCACACGAUUACACAUUUUUGCAUAACCUCAUCAACUUCCGCUCUGCUUGGUGGCAGGCAGUAAUAAGCCUCCGAGGGUUGGUUGGUGAGGGGGUUCAGAAGGAUAAGGGGAAGAACUAUUAUCAUCCCUCGUUAUCGUUUCGGCGGACGACGUCGAAAGGGAACCUGAUGCUGGUCCGCCUGAAUGGCUGCUAUUCAGUCGGUUCUGGUCCGGUCAACGCGUUGCACAUACUUUCAGGAGCACUGGUCGCUACAUUCGGGCUGAUCAUAGAAGCAGUUUGUGACGGUAGAGAGCGCCUCUAGCCGAAAAGGUCGGGAUGCUGUUGGAAUUUCUUUUUCAUUAGUGCUAUAUCUUGUGGUCCCUCCACAUUUGCCAUUGUGUUUAGACGAGUGAGUGUAUGUCGGGUUGCCCUGGAUGACCAUUAUUGCUACUUUUCCGGUCAUUUUGCGCUAGGUUGUGUCGUGUUUCGGCAUCGCCGCCUUUGUGGAGCUGAAGUAGGCCGAGAAGAACGCACCGAAGCGUUACUAUGAGGAUUAUGUUUCCCGCAGAGUGCUUGGAUUGACUGAGGCCCCAUCAGACGACAAGUGUUUUACCGUUCCGACGACGAAUAUGACGAUCUCAUUUGGGCGUCGAGGAUAGUCUAGUGUGGCAUGUAGAACGUGCCUGCCGGAACGAAAAGUGGCUGGUUUUCAGUUGAUGGGCUUCCUCUUGUUUGGUCGUCCGUCGGUCCAUGAAAGUAAUGAUGACAGAAUUGCAGAACUACCAAGAGUGCAACUGUUGACGCAGAGGUAGUUAAUCAUUCCGAAUUGAAAUGCCGUCCGGGGAUGUUUAUUGGGAGUGCUAAUUGAAGACAACUCGGAAAGACCUGUAUCAGGUAGAAUUUCAGUGCUAUUGACAAAAGUUGCAAAGCUGAUGAGUUGCUAUACUGUCUGAAUAUGUGUCGAUGAGAUGUGAUAUGCACCGAUUGUGCUGUACACGUGAUGCCCCUCAACGAAAAGUUGCUAAUUAAGUGAUUGUGGCAAGCGAAUAAUUGGAUUUUAGUGAGAUUGCCUUUUUGUGGCGCUACUGAAGUGCUGCUUCAUAGGAUGAAAAACCGCGAUUUGGAUUGAAUGGAUUAACCACCCUAGUGAAGCAUCGUAACAAAAAAGGAUCAGAAUGUCUUCGCUUCAUUGAACGACUAAAUCCGGAGAAGAAAAAAAAAAGAAGAAAAGUUUCCAUCCCAUUAGUGUAAAUUCUCAAAUGAAGUUGACCCUCAUCAUCGGGUAGGACGAGAAGGAUUCAACGUCUUUCGGGUCCGGUCCGGAUUGUGGGUGGCCGCGAGAGAAGGGGUUGCGAAUAGUUUUGCCCCCCAUUAUAAUUAAGUUGUCCAGCUCUCCAUAGAUAGGAAGGAGUGUGCGUCGUCUUCAUUAUCGGAAAGUUGGCGAGUAGUAAAUUAGCAAUGAUUCACCACCAACCGGCGAAAUACCACACGAAUCCUUUGACACAUUUUCUCAACUUACACAACUCGCAUGCCACGGCGGCAGCGGCGGCGGCCGCUGCAGCUGCUGCAGCCGCCGCCCUGGACCAACACCACCACCACCACCACCAUCAUCAAAAGCAUGGAUUGGAAGAUCUGAAUCUACUCAAUAAUAACAUCCUUGCAAGUGAUGACGAAUGCAAUAAGCAUCCCAAUUUGGUGGGCGGCGGAGGUGGGAAUAGUCUGGAUAUCGAGAAUACCGAUACCAACCAGAGCAGCGAUGCGGAAAAUAACAACAUCGACAUCAUUGACGACGAUGACGACGACCAAGACGCGGACGUUGACGACGGAUGCGACGAGGAGAACCUAGAUGCCUCCAGAAGCGACAAUCACACUCCGAGCAGCACGACACCGCUCGAUGCCGACGAGAUUGGAAAGUCCUUCACGAUAGCGGCCAUCCUCGGCCUGAAGAAGAAACAGGAAGCCGACGGUCAUGGUGCCUUCAGCGACGUCAUGAACCUAUCGCUGAACAACCACAGCGACACAGCGUUGGCAUUCCAGCUUCGAAUCUCGAAAGAUUCCGACCCGCUAACGGACGCCGUCGCUUCCGGUCUAGAGCCCGUCCAAUCCCAUAUCGGCCAUCACAUAUCGCAAUCCUCGCCAAGCCUAACCGCUCUGCAAACACUCCACCACAUUCAUGGAAGUGCCGCCGGUGGCUUCGCCGCACAUCAAUUUCACCACCCAUCCGGAGGGGGUGGUGGUGGCGGUGGCGGCGUCACCGUUGGCACACCCAACGCAUCCGUCCAUCUCCACCACCAACAGGCGCUAGCUUCGGGACAUCAUCUGACGACGCCAUCGCAGCCCGGAUCGUCGUCGCAUCAUUUGGCCAAUCACCAUUCCCACCCACCACAGCACCAGCAUCAACAUCAUCAGCAGCAUCCGCAUCAGCAACACCACCCGCAUUCACACCACCACCAUCAUCAUCAUCAUCUGGCAAUGGCGGCAGCGGCGGCGGCACACCAUCAUCACGCGCAGAAUCAUAAUCGGGACAAGUUUAAAGAUUUGGCCAAAAAGUCCUCCCUAUCGGCAUCGGCAGCCCUAAAGAGCAAACGUGUCCGCACUAUCUUCACGCCGGAGCAACUGGAACGUCUGGAGGCCGAAUUUGAACGUCAACAGUACAUGGUAGGCCCGGAGCGCCUGUACCUGGCCCAUACUCUUCAACUGACUGAAGCACAGGUCAAGGUCUGGUUCCAGAACCGACGGAUUAAGUGGCGCAAACACCACCUGGAAAUCACCCAGCAACGGCUGGCUCUGAUACGACAGCGGCAGAUCGCCAGCGGGGUCGUCCCGUCGCAACUCACGGGAGACUCCGGCACUUCACCUCCCUCCCCAUCAUCGGCCACCAGUCAGCACCACCACCAUCCGCACCAACAUCUCGCCGGAGGAACGCAACCAGUAGUGCCGACGAUGAGCGGCGGCCGCAUGCUGCAUGGUUCGGCCAGUGGUAACGGUGCCGAAUCACCGGAACUUACCAUCUGUACGGAUUCGCUGGACGCCCGGAGUAUCAGCGAAAGCGAUGAGUAAGAAUCGUGGGCGACGGUAAAAAAAAAAACACAUUGUAAUUUGAUACAGGGACUCUCGAGAUUCGUUAGAUUGCUUAGAAUUGAAACGAAGUUUGGUUUACGUUCGCGGUAGAUUACGAAGGAUGGCGUGUCCACGUACUUUGAGGUAAUUUUAUUGAUUUCUUUAUUUUAUUUACUUUGAUAGAAAGAUAC